AUGAAAGACAAUCUGCUUGCGAGCAGUGCCUCGAGUCGUGAUCAUGGCGUCAGAGACGAUGAUCGAAAAGAGGCAAAUCCUAAACCCUAUCCCAAAAUCAAUCCAAACGACAUACACCUCCCCCGUCUCCCCUCUACCCCCAGAACCCCCACUCUUCACGCCAAUUCCCUCGUACAAAUCUCGCAAGACCCAACCCUGAAGCUCCUCACUCUCGCCCUUGUCAUCGCCCUCUCUUACGCGUCUAUGUCCUUUUUGACCCGCUUCCUGCGCCCCUUCACAUCUAGCACCAUGUCCUCUGCCCCCGCACCACCCAUGACGGCCCCGGCUGGUGCGCAAACUGCCACUGUGGCUGCCGGAUGUUUCUGGGGCGUUGAGCACAUGUACAGACGGCAGUUCCAGAACAAGGGACUGUAUGAUGCGCGCGUGGGUUAUAUUGGCGGGGACACUGAGAAUCCAGGCUACAGGGCGGUCUGUAGUGGACGGACCGGACAUGCAGAAGCACUCCAAGUAAUCUACGACCCCGAAAAAGUAACCUACCGCACCCUCCUCGAGUUCUUCUUCAGGAUGCACGACCCCACCACCGAAAACCAACAGGGUCCCGACCGUGGCCCCCAGUACCGUAGCGCAAUCUUCUACCACGACGCAGAGCAGGAAAAGAUUGCACGGGAAGUCACAGACAAGGCCAACAAGCAGUGGUGGAAGGGCGGCAUCACGACAGAGAUUCUGCCAGCGGGGAAGUGGUGGGAUGCAGAGGAGUAUCAUCAACUGUACUUGGACAAGAACCCGGGAGGUUAUGAGUGCCCCAGUCACUUUUUAAGACAGUUCCCCGAUCUAGACUAA